AAAAAAGGGGUCUGUAAGACCCUGCAGUGUUUAAAAAAAAAACCCCACUGCAGUUAAAAAAAGAGAAAAAAGGACACGCCAGUGAUAAGGAGCACGCGAGCACCAGAGCCCAAAGUGACAGGUGUUCAUAAUUGGGGAGCAGCAGGUGUCGUAAAGGAGGAAGACAGAGGAUAGCGUCCUGUUUGACGGAAAAUAUCGCAUUUAAAAACGAAUUUUAAAUAUAUAUUUUCACGGAACACGGUACAAAAAAUGAUCCUCGUCGACUUGAAGCUGAGCGUGGUCCUCGUGCUUCUCGUCGGCUUCACGAGCCACCGUGUUGAAGGAGUCUGCAGUGUGGAGCAUUGCACUGACCGCUCAAGAUGUCUUCUGUCUAAAGACCAAAGAAGCUGCAAAUGUGCCACUGGCUUUUAUGCUGACCGGUGUGACAAAGAUGCACACAUCAAAGUAAUGUGCGGCAGAGACUACAUAGCAAUUCAAGCGAUAGAAGAUUUCUUCAAGUAUCACAAGGUGCCGCUGGAGUCCCUGCACCUGCCCAACAAAUCGUGUCGUGCUCAGAGAGAGGUCAUCAACGGUGUGCCGUACUACACAUCCAGAAUAUCCAAAACCAAAUAUCUCGCCUGCGGAGGCAAGCCGCCGGAGAGAAACUUUACCCACAUCUCCUAUUCCCUGAGUCUUCUGUCGGACCCUCAGGUUACUGGAAACAUCAUCAGAAAUCCAGUCAUUAAGAUGGACUUUGCAUGCGUCUAUCCAUACGUCAGAAGAGUCAGCCUGCCUUUCCCAGUCGUCCCCUUUUCCACUGAGGCAGUGAUGCGAGUAGAUGACCUCGAUGCCACAAUACAAAUGAUGUUGUUCACAGACCGCUCCUACUCCAAGGCCUACACCAGUGCUCCCACCAUUGAACUCAGAGACAAGGUGUAUGUGGAGGUGACGGUCACAGAGCCUGCAGAUUUCUUCCUGCUCCGGAUUAACGAGUGCUGGGCCACACAGUCUCCUCAGCCGAACACUUCAGAGGGACUCGUUCACACUCUGCUUCUGAACGGGUGUGUGAAGGACAGCACUGUUUCCUUCCUGAACGUGAGCGCAGGACAGUCGGGGCGUAACGGAGAAAGUUCAACCAUUCGCUACAGCUUCGACAUGUUUCGCUUCACAGCAGAACCUCCCGAGCUCUAUCUGCACUGCACCGUUCAGCUGUGUGAGCCAGACGACCACAAGUCCUGCACACCCAACUGUAAUUCAAUCAGUAAGAGAGAAGCGGUGAGAGCCGCCCCCACUCUGGGCCUCCUGUCUUAUGGACCCAUCAGGGUUGAAAUGCCGGACAGACCUCAAUCCAGCAUACUGACAUCGGUGGUGCUGCCUGUAGCAGGUGUCUGGACUGUGGGCUUCUUCCUCAUCAUCCUCAUCACUGUGGCCAAGGCAGGCAGCAGGAGGCUCGCACAAACGGAGGAGCACUGACAACAACAAUGCUGCUGUUGGCAGCUUGAAUAAAACUUCAAAAAGCAUCCAUAUCUUCUU